GCCCCGCCGCCGCACGCACCCGGCUCCCCUCCGAGGUCCUGAAGCCUCCCAAAGGCUCCGCGAGGUCCGAGCGGAGAGUGGAAGGGACCGAGAGCCAUGUAGAACCAGGCUCUCUCCGGAUCCGCCGCCAGCCGCCUCCUGCGGGAUCGAAUCCCGCCCGGGCUGCCGUAGCGUUAGGAGGGAGCGAGAGUACCAUUUCUCGCCAUUUGCUUCCGAGUUUCUGGAGAGGGGGGCAUUUCGCUUUUCCGCUCCGCAUCCUCCGGAACUGCCUGCAGGGGAGAGGGGACGGCGGCUCCAGGUUGCUGGCGACGGGUGCGAAUGGGGGUAGGGAAUGGACGCGUCCAUGCUGCGCUAGCGGCUCCCUAAGGCGACGGUCCGACUGAGAGGAGCCUCGCCGGGGGCGGCGGACUAGGCGGCGAGGUCGCCCCGGCGCCUCUCGGAUGCCGCUGCGGCAGCGGCCGCCGCUCCGCCCCGGUGCUGCUGCAAAGGCGCCCUGCCGCAUUCCGCCUUGGGCUCCGGGCCGACUCCGCACCGCCUCUGCACCAAGCCGGGCGGCCAGCGUCCAUCGACAGCCCCGGGAGCUUAGAAGGCUGCAGGCGAAGAGGGGUAGGAGGGGGGAGAGCCGAGGAGAAGCAGAGGGGGUGGCAGGUUUGGGGAUCUGCUGAGCUGGCGGCACCCAGUCCGAGGAGGGCUCCCGGAGGGGUGGGGAGGCCAGGGUGACCCUGAAGCAAUGGUCCGAUCCGUUAGAACGGCGCUGUGUUAAGACGCCCCUGUGCAGGGGUGGGGGGAAAAAAGCCAAACGACACCCUCCCCCCCACCAAAAAAAAAAAAAACGCUCCGCAAAAAGCUGCACUGGGCUUUUUCCGCAGGCUAGGGGGAUUCCAAAUUGAGUCACAGGCGGGUGGAGGGGAAAGUCACUGGAAACCAAGUCCCGGGAUCUUUUGACCUCCGCGCUUAGAAGCCCCUCCCCUUGAGCGUGGGGGAGACGCGCACACUGGUGGGGGGGGCGCUAGGGUCCCCCCCACCCCUCUCCCCUCGGUCUUUCCCACCCUGGCUCCUCUCCUGGUCUCUCACCCCUCCACCCGGCUUCCACCAUGACGGUGAUGUCUGGGGACAACGCGGACGAGGCUUCGGCCGCGCCAGGCCACCCCCAGGAAGGCAGCUACCCGCGGCCGGAGGACCACGAGGACCACGAGUGCUGCGAACGCGUGGUCAUCAACAUCUCCGGGCUGCGCUUCGAGACCCAGCUCAAGACCCUGGCGCAGUUCCCCAACACGCUGCUGGGGAACCCUAAGAAACGCAUGCGCUACUUCGACCCGCUCAGGAACGAGUACUUCUUCGACCGCAACCGGCCCAGCUUCGACGCCAUCCUCUACUACUACCAGUCCGGGGGCCGGCUGCGGAGGCCCGUCAACGUGCCGCUGGACAUGUUCUCGGAGGAGAUCAAGUUUUACGAACUGGGCGAGGAGGCCAUGGAGAAGUUUCGGGAGGACGAGGGCUUCAUCAAGGAGGAAGAGAGGCCCCUGCCCGAGAAGGAGUACCAGCGCCAGGUGUGGCUGCUCUUCGAGUACCCGGAGAGCUCCGGGCCGGCUCGGGUCAUCGCCAUCGUCUCCGUCAUGGUCAUCCUCAUCUCCAUCGUCAUCUUUUGCCUGGAGACCCUCCCGGAGCUGAAGGACGACAAGGACUUCAUGGGCACCCUCCACCGCAUCGACAACACCACGGUCAUCUACACCUCCAACAUCUUCACGGACCCCUUCUUCAUCGUGGAGACCCUGUGCAUCAUCUGGUUCUCCUUCGAGCUCAUGGUGCGCUUCUUCGCCUGCCCCAGCAAGACGGACUUCUUCAAGAACAUCAUGAAUUUCAUCGACAUCGUAGCCAUCAUCCCCUACUUCAUCACUCUGGGCACCGAGAUUGCCGAGCAGGAGGGCAACCAGAAGGGCGAGCAGGCCACGUCGCUGGCCAUCCUCAGGGUCAUCCGGUUGGUAAGGGUUUUUAGAAUCUUCAAACUGUCCCGCCACUCCAAGGGCCUCCAGAUCCUGGGCCAGACCCUCAAAGCUAGUAUGCGAGAGUUAGGGCUGCUCAUCUUCUUCCUCUUCAUCGGGGUCAUCCUGUUCUCUAGUGCAGUGUACUUUGCCGAGGCGGAAGAAGCUGAGUCGCACUUCUCUAGUAUCCCCGAUGCUUUCUGGUGGGCGGUGGUGUCCAUGACCACUGUAGGAUACGGUGACAUGUACCCUGUGACAAUUGGAGGCAAGAUCGUGGGCUCCUUGUGUGCCAUCGCUGGUGUGCUGACAAUUGCCCUGCCCGUACCUGUCAUUGUGUCCAAUUUCAACUAUUUCUACCACCGAGAAACUGAGGGGGAAGAGCAGGCUCAGCUGCUCCAUGUUAGCUCCCCUAACUUAGCCUCCGACAGUGACCUCAGUCGCCGCAGCUCCUCUACUAUCAGCAAGUCUGAGUACAUGGAGAUCGAAGAGGAUAUGAAUAAUAGCAUAGCCCAUUAUAGGCAGCCCAAUAUCAGAACUGGCAAUUGCACCACAGCUAACCAAAACUGCGUUAAUAAGAGCAAGCUCCUGACCGAUGUUUAAAACAGGAAAGCAAGCAAGCAAUCCGAAAAAGAAAAAAAAAGCCCCACCUAGCAGCUUGAAAGACUGAAAACAAAACCCCACAUGACUGAGCAUGUCACACUUUGUAGAUACGUUACUAAAGUUGUCUUGGAAUGCUCUAACUCGCAAUGCAUUGUUGCAUUGCGAACUUUUGGCGAGGCGAGCCAGAAGCUUUCUAGAUCCAUGAAACAAAAAAAAAAAAACGAUUUUCAUUUUAUGAAUUAAAAUGGGAAAAGGAAGAGUAUUUUCUCAAACUGGUUGAAAGUCAUCAGCCCACGCACUAGUCUAGGUAAACUAAGAUUCAUAUGCGUCCCCAUUCAGAAAUGUUUCUUAAUCCUUUGGCUUCGUUAACGUACUCUUAUUAUUAUUUUAGCCUAAAAACAGCCAGAUGAUCAUUUAAAAAUAUAAAACUAAAAAUUUGCAUGGAACUUCAAUAGAAAAUCUUUUCAAGCUGCACAGUGCAUUUAAAACAGUGCAUCAGAUGUAUUAUAUGUAAUGUGAUAUGUCAGUCAACCUGGGCAAGGAACAAAAAAAAUUUUUUUAAAGUUUUGAUCAACUGAACUGCAUACUACAAGGUGAAACAAUUACUUAAGACUUGUUCACAAAGCACCUUAUAAAUCCAAAACUGGUCCUCAUGCAAAGGGAUUUUCCCUGUGCCCCACUUCCUAAUCCAAACUAUCCCGAGAAAAAGAAAACGGAAUUAAAACAAUGGAUUCAUCUGCAGUGCUGCUAAGUUUUUCUCAACUGCAGAUGUGCAAACACAGGUCUCUUCUCAUAGUCCUGUCCCCUAGCCCCGAGCCUCCAGAACUGGGUGUCAAACCUUUGCCCCCUCCUUGUAAGAGAGCACAAGCAGAGUUCAGUGUAAGCAUGUUUGAAUCUGAUACUAUUUAUUUCAUAAUCGCAUGCUGAGAACAUUAACUCAGACAAUAGGAGAUACACUCCCCUUGGACUGGACUCUUCUACAAAUAGAUCCUUUUUCAUUUGCAUUCACCAAAAGUGCACUCCUUCAUUUACGAACUAUUUUAUUAGUAAAUAAAGUACUGUAUUUAAGUGCAUAUGUUAGUCAGAUGGGAAUAAUAACUUUUUGGAGCUCAAAGCAUGUUCUCUUAUUCAGCAUUAUGGCCUAUUUGACUAAGAUGUACCUUGAAUUCAUUAAUGCAUGAUUUCAGUUAAAACUAAUGAAAAGAAAAAAUAAAUUAAUUUACAUGUUUGUGGGAAGAAGGGCCCAAAAGGAAUAGUGGGAGGGGGGUGGGGGGU